CAUUGGGCAUCGAGGAAUAGAAGGAUGAGGAUAAAGUACAUGUCCCUAGCAAUACUUUUAAUUUUCGUCGUACUUGGCGGAUGUUAUAAACAGGAAUGUGGUAGUAAUCCAAUAACCGAAUUACAAUCCAUCGCCAAGAGAGCAGGGGUUAGUCUUGAAAAAGUUCUAUCCACCCUCAAGGAACUUGAUGGUAGCAAAUACGACAGAUUGAAGAUUGACUUCCUAUCAUAUGCCUACUGUGUUGGUCUAUUCGAUACGGGAUACUUUCGUAAGAAAAGAUCUCCCCCGUCCACUGCAUAAAAAAGUAAGAGAGAAAAGAGAAUAUCAAGAAAGAAGCUUAUUGUUGUCUGCUUCAAUUCGUUAACAGCUUGAUCCGAAAUAAACGCAAUUAGAUAGGUAAAAAAAGAGGGAACUCCUGCUGAAGCAACUGGACUGAGUAUUAUGAAAAUAAAUUGCUGCCAUUUAAAAAAAAAAUCGCCGAUAUAUUCAAUGAUCAAAAGUAAAAUUCGCUUAUUGUGCAAAUUUUUGCUCUCCGGGCGGCUUAGUAAUUCGUGUCCAAAUGUUCAAAUAUUAAAUAAAAAAAAGAAAACAGAAAACAAAGACAGCUUAUCAUUUCAAUCAAAUAUCUUCGCUAGGGUACGAGGCUAGGUUCUUUCGAAUACCCACAAGAUCGAUCGAUUGAGGCUGCUUUUCUUUCUUCUCUUCCAUAGUCUGCCUCAUCUUAAAUGCCAACGCUAAACCAACCGGGCUAUCUGCUUUGGCCGCUUGUUUAUUAUGAGAUAUUUUUGCGGCUCUUCUUACAUCUUCUCGUCGCGUUGUCGUAUAACUGUCCGACAAAGGGGUUUUCCUCGUUUCUUGAGCUUUCACUUCUGUAGCUUUAGAAGUUAGCUGCCAAGAGUUAUAUUUAUCACCCAAAGUUUCUUUAGAUUUUGGAGGAUUGACACGCCGACUGCUAUUACACAUCAGUAGUAUAACCUUCGCUAUUACCGCUGGUUCAAAGUUGCGUUUUAACAAUUCAUUUAAAUGGUCGAAAACGUGUGGCGGGAUUAGAGCGCCACUUAACAUGGAUAACUCGUAUAGUUCCAUUUCUCUCUUUUGAAACGUUUGCUGGCCAACACCUCUAAAUAUUUCAGCCGUUCUCUUUAGUUCUUGAAUGUUCCUUUCGUCUUUCAUCUAAAUAUAUAUAGAAAUAAUUGUUUUGCGAUUAACUUUGUCACAGUUUAUAUUUAUGAAAGAAAAAAAAAAGCGAUUUAUUAAGAGAGUUUAUAUAGAAAAAAAAGAACAAAAAUUAAAUAUACGAUGGUGCAAAAGCAAUGUCAACUGGCCAUGAUCCAACAGCUUUUAUACUGGAAUAAAGGCCGAUAUGAUAAGCAAGAUUUGGUUGGACGAGUAGGCCAAGUAAGUUAAAGGAAUUUAGGAAAUUUGCAAGAGCAACAUCUAGAGGGAAAUGAAUGGAGCAUUUGACGUUGCUGAAUUGUUUGCCAAUUAAAUCAACGACUGGCUUUCGGUAAAGUACAGCUACAGUUCCGUAGUCGGGAGCUGGAACACGGGUAUAAAGCGAUAUUGAAAUACGUCGCCAUUGACUAAGGAAUUGACGAGAUAGAACCAAUGCCAUAAUAAUCGUUAUAAUAGACGUUAAUAGAAUACGACGUCUUCCUAUCAAAUAGAUCGAAAUUGAACACAUUGCUAAUAGCUCAACUAACGAUUUAAUAUUCAUUCCGAAUCCAUUCCACUCACUCUUCGCAAACAACUUUGCAUAAUCGAAUUGCCAAUUCGAUUCAAGUAUUCUUUGACUAACUUCAAUUAACUGAUCGUGCGGUAAACCGUCGUCUUCCAGCAUUAGAAUAGGAGAAUCAGUUUGCAACUUUUUCGAUAUUUCUUUCAUACAAUAGACAUAGUCGUCCUUUUCUCGCUCAAAAUUUUCCAGAAUGCUAUGAUGAGCGUUGUUCAAAUGAAAGCGUUUAAUAAAGGGUAGAUAUUCUUGCAAAUACGUUGCUUCUGUAUGAUCUCCCGGACCUGGGUGAACGUUACAAACAUUUAAGUAGACUCCUUUUAUUUUUUUGGCAAGCUUGUCCGCCUUAGCAGCAACUUGGGUUAAGUAUCCGGCCUUCCUCGAUCCAACCAUUCUUUUUGUCGUUAUUAUAUUUAUAACAAGGGUGAUCUCACUUGCAUCUGUUAUCUUUUUAUAAUAAUUAAUACUGAUGUUCCUAUCUACAUUUUUCCAAUAGUUUAAGGCUUGAUUGAGGCGUAGAUCGUUCCGUCCUUCAGCCAACGUGAUUAAAGAACGUCGAUCCCAAAAAAGACUUGUCAAAGGUGAAUUGGGAAUUUCUUUGCACACGUAUACAAACAGAAGUAUUAAAGACAAUACAAAGACUUUCUUUUUUGAUGAAAUUUGUUUUAGCUUUCCAAACUUCAUUUAAAAAUUCUUGCAGUAUCAUUCAAAGUAAUACGCGUUAAAAAUAGCCAAGUUUAAAUGAUGGAAAAGCGUUUCAAGCACCCGAGAAAUAAAUUCAAACUAAGUACAAAAUUAUUAAAUCUGCUAAACUCACUUUGGAAGCCAUGAUGUACUGAUAAAUAUUUGGUAAAACUAGUUGAUCAGUGAGUAAACAAACGAUAAUUGGUGAAUAAAAAAUACUCAAAUAAAACAAAACAUUCCUAUGUGGGUACACUAAUGUAGAAUAAUUUGGUAGCCCCCAUUUGUAAAGCGGAGCCCGUAGCAUGCAGCGACACCAUUUUCUUCGGAUAUUCAAGAAUAUUUUUGAAUCGAGAUAAUUUCUUUGCAAAAGGUGGACGUUCUUUUAAAAAAAUCAAAAUAAACAAACAAACCAAUAAAUAAUUUUUUAAUUAAUUAAUUUUUUCCAGAAGAAAUCUAAACCAUUACGGCUUUGUGAUCUUGUUUCAUUGUCCAUCUGAUAUUUUACACAAGAGGGAAGAGUAUUACCCUCUUCCUAUUAUUACGCAUAUUUUAAUUAAAAUAUGUAAAUUUACUGAUGAAAAAAAAGUACUUUAUGCAAAAUACCCGAUAUUUUUCUUCUAUGAAUAAUAAUUAAAACUAAAAUCAGAAUAUCUACUUUGUAACCUUUUUAAUAAAUCGUUGAUACUCUAGUUCAUCACGGGUUACCAAUUGAUUACUUAUUAAAACUUUGCUAGAUGUAUAUACGUGCGUUCUCUUUUGGGAUAAAUGCAAAAGAAAAAAAAGAAACAAAACGCAAUAAAGUUGUCGAUAAAUAAUCCUAACUUAGUCAUACUUGAAAAUCUUUUUUAUUAGUUUAUUUAUAGAAAAUGAAUAAGCCUGAGCUUCCUAAAUGAAUAAUGAACAUUUGAUAUACGCAAAGCUCUUGCUAUGAAUUAUUAUUACAAUUGAGAACAAACAAAAAUAACUCUAAUACAUAGUAGCAGUUUAUUAAACGGGAAGAGGAUUUAAAUGGCUUAAAAAAAGGACACAUAAGCCUUAAUAUGUCUAAUGAACAAGAAAUCCCCGACCGAAUGUAUGGUUUGGUGAAAACAAAAGAUGAAAUAGGUUAUGAUUUUGAUGAAAAUAUGAUUGUCCCACAUCCCAUUGAAGAUGAAGUGUUAAUUAAGGUAGAGUCUGUGUCCUUGUGCGGUAGUGAUCUAGUUCUAUGGAAUUGGACCGAUGCUGCUAAGGUUAUUGCAUCAAUUCCAUUUACCCCAGGCCACGAAUGUUGCGGAACAGUUGUCAAAUGCGGACCCGAAUCAAAGCUUCAGAUCGGUGAUCGAGUUGCGGUGGAGAAUCAUUUUUUUUGCGGUAAAUGCCAUCAGUGUAAGCAUGAUAGAGGAGAUAUUUGCAGUGAUAUGGGACAGUACGGCCAUGGAAAAAAAACUCCGUACGGCGGCUGCUCGCAAUAUUCAAUCGUAUCCUCCAAGUAUUGCUAUAAAUUAGGCAACAUAAUAAAUGCUGAUGAAGCUGCUUUAUUAGAGCCUUUGGGUGUUGCUCACAAUGCCGUUGAGAAUUUAGGUGACUUGAAUAGGGAAGAUGUCCUGAUUAUUGGUGCUGGUCCUAUUGGGCUUAUGGCAAUUCCCUGCGUUAAAAGUUGCGGGGCAAACAGAGUCAUCAUAUGCGAUAUAAACGAGAAAAGACUACAGUUUGCCAAGGAGAUGGGCGCCGAUCACGUGAUUAAUACUAAUCAUCAAAAUCUUUCAGAGUCUAUAUCUCAACUGACAAACGGAGAUGGAAUUGGCCGAUUGAUAGAAUGUAGCGGAGCAGUGCAAAUAGCUUCUAUUAUGUUUCAGCUAGUGAGAAAGGGAGGCCACAUUGUACUAGUAGGUCUCGUCAAGCAGCCGUUAAUUAUCGAAAAUUAUAUGCGUGAUUUAGUUUUUAAGUCAAUUCAAAUUCGUGGCAUUCACGGAAGAAGAAUAUUUCAUACUUGGCGCGAAACUGAGAAACUAGUGGAAUCGAAACGCGUUGACAUAUCGAAGCUAAUUUCUCAUAAAUUCCAAUUUAAAGAUUAUAAGAAAGCGUUCGAAAUCCUACUAAGUGGAGAAGCUCAUAAAAUUAUCCUUACCCCGUAA